UGUAAUACAGUCACUUCCUUCACCAGUCGCACUGCACUGCUUCAUUCGUGUCGACUGCCCAGAGUCCACGAAUACAGCCCUGCAGCUCUGAGCAGCACCACCAACUGAACCUGACCACAGAGCAAAGCAACACAUCUGCAGCUCAGCACUUGUAGCACUACAUUCCAGAGCCUUCUGGUCUGUUCAGACAUGUCGCUCUACAGUUUUGGACUGGAGCCACUCUCCUGCCACUCCUGGAACAAAGACAGGACCCAGAUUGCAGUGAGCCCUAACAACAAUGUGGUGAACAUCUAUGAAAAGAAAGGCAAAGAAUGGGCCAAGAUCCACGAGCUGACGGAGCACAGCGGACGGAUCACAGGUGUAGACUGGGCCCCAGAAUCCAACCGCAUUGUGACAUGUGCCUCGGACCGCAACGCCUACGUGUGGACUCUAAAGGACGGUGUGUGGAAGCCCACCCUCGUCCUGGUGCGCAUCAACCGCGCAGCCACCUGUGUGAAGUGGUCCCCGUUGGAGAACAAGUUCGCCCUGGGCAGCGGGGCCCGCCUCAUCUCCGUCUGCUACUUCGAGAAGGAGAACGACUGGUGGCUGAGUAAGCACAUCAAGAAGUCCAUUCGCUCCACCGUCCUGAGUCUGGACUGGCACCCCAACAACAUCCUGCUGGCUGCUGGCUCUGCAGACUUCCACUGCAGGGUUUUGUCAACCUACAUCAAGGACAUUGAGGACAAGCCUGGGCCCACUGCCUGGGGGGCCAAAAUGCCAUUUGGGGAGGUGCUGCUGGAGCACAAGGACUGUGGAGGCUGGGUGCACAGCGUCUCCUUCUCCCCCAGCGGAGACCAGCUGGCCUGGGUAGCCCACAACAGCAGCAUCGCUGUGGCUGACGCGAUCCAGAGUGAAGAGGUGACCAUGCUAACCAAUAACCGUCUGCCCCUGCUGGGAAUCCUGUACGUCAGCCCCACGGAGCUAGUUGCUGCGGGUCAUGACUGUUGCCCCUACCAGUUCAGCUAUAAGGGUCCAGGUGCUCUGGAGUUUGUGAAGAAGCUGGACAUUCCUAAGCAGUCCUCCAAAGGCAGCCUGACAGCCAUGCAGCACUUCCAGAACCUGGACAAGAGGGCCACUGACGAGGACACCAACGAAGUGGGGACCCUUCACCAGAACAGCAUUACACAACUGUGUGUUGUGUCUGGGGAGAAAGCCAAAGUGGAGAAAUACAGCAGUGUGGGUCUGGAUGGAGCCAUGGUGAUCUGGGAUUUUAAGCACUAAGACCCCGCUAAGCCAUCCUGCAGGGGUCACACACUGAACUGACCAUCAAGUAAUAACUGCUACAAGUUAGACCCAAUGAACUACUGAGAUGCUUUUGAGAAACUGGAAAACACUAUAAGCACCUUUGCUUUGUGAACUUUGAGUAAAUAAAGACUGUACUCACAGGUCAGAAUGAA